AUGAUUAGAUCUAGAAGGUUAUUACAAGUUGUAAUAUCAAAAAGAUAUUACACAGGCUCUAAUCAUAAUCAUAAUAUUAAAAUUGACACAGAAACAAUAAAUGAUUCAAUUUUAAAUAAUUCAAUUCAUUCAUUGUCUCAACAAAAUAAUAAUUAUAAUAGUAAUAAUUAUAAUAAUAAUAAUAAUAAUAAUAAUAAUAAUAAUAAUAAUAAUAAUAAUAAUAAUAAUAAUAAUAAUAAUAAUAAUAAUAAUAAUAAUAAUAAUAAUAAUAAUAAUAAUAAUAAUAAUGAUAGUGGAAUAAUGAUGAUAAAAGAAAAAGAAGAAAUACAACUAGAAGAUUUAAAAGAAGAAAUUGAAAAUGAAAAUGAAAAUGAAAAUGAUAAUAAUAAUAAUAAAGAAAAUUUUAAAAAUUUUAAUUUUAAAAAUAAAGAUUUUCAAUCAAAUGAAAAAAUUAAAGUUAAUGAAAUAACAGAUUAUUUUGAAAAUGAAAAAUUUAAAGUAAAUGUACAAAUACCCAGAAAAGUAUUAGAUUCAAAAUAUAGAAAGUAUGCACAAAUGGUAAAGAGUGGUAUUGAAAUAGAGGCAAUUAAAAAGGAGGCUAUAAAUGAUUCAAUUUCAUUGUCAACUGAUUUUUAUAAUACUAUAGUUUAUAUAUAUUUAUUGAAAUUGGAGAGUUUAAAAGACGAAAAGGAUAUACUAGAGAUAGAGACUAUUGUAGAGUCGGUAUUCAAGGAUAUUUCAACGCCAGAUGACGUCACAGUGCUCUUAAACACCUACACAAUUGUAAAAUAUUCACCAGAUAGAGAGUCAAUGCUUAAAGGCAUACAUGGGCUAUUGAGCAGUCCGAAACCCCUAUUCUUCUGUCAAGAGGCAUUUCAAAUGAUGCUUCAAACAUUGUACAAUUUAAAGGAUUACGAAAUGGUACUUUUCAUAUACAAGUUCAAUUCACAAGGGUCAACACUCAUUUUCAAAAGUGCUGAUAAUAUCGACCCCGUUUGGAAUUGUGGUAUUAUUCUACACUCAAUGGCGAUGGUAGAGGAGGUGGAUUCGUCCGAGAUGAAAUCGUUGGUGGUGCAAUCAGAGUUGGCCUUCUCGAAAAGCACUCAAUUCCAUUUCAAUUGUUUAGCAAGUAAAUAUUUAUCAGAGGGGUUAAUCAUUGAGGCGUGGUUGAUAUUGAAGGAAUUUUAUUUAAGGGAUUUGAAAUUCUCAAAAUCAAUUCCACUAUCAAUCAUUCAAAUUUUAAAAUCAUCUGAAGAUUAUGAAUUGGCUGCCCAAAUGGCACCUUUAUUAUUUUCGAUACUAACCAAAGAUCUUCACUCAUUUCCCACCUCUUCUACAUGUGAACUUUCAUUAUCUUCAAUCGGAGAUCUAAAACAAUUACUUAUUGACGGUGGUGAAGUCUCUCAACAUUUAAUACCAUCUGAAAAUAAUCCUUUAUUUUAUCCAUUCUCUUCUCAAUAUAUCCUAUCGAAACGUUCAAUUCAAACUAUUGUAAUUAAUCCAACAUUUUCAUUAUUUGGUGUUAAAGCACCACAAGUACCAAAACAUAGAAGAAUUUCAGGUUCUCAACGUGUCACAAAACAAGUUUUAAAAGAAAUUGAAAAUGAACAUGAAUAUAAAGUUUUAAAAGAAAAUUUUAAAAAAAGUAAUAAAUAA